AUGGGAGACGACGCACUUUCUUCGCCGCUAUCGGAAGCGUUUCGCGAGGAGUCCGAGGCAGAUGAGGCAUCGAGCCCAUCAUGGGCGGGCGAUGCUCCAUCUGCAGCCGAAGAGCUGGACGAGGCGUCGUCGAGCGACGGCGAAGCGGCGUCGUACGCAUCUCCCACACCGGCGCGGCCCAAGAUCAAGCUUAAGCGCAGUGUCUUGCGCGAGGCGGCCGCAGCAGAUAUAGACGGUGGUGGUGAUAAUGACACGGAUGCUGCGUACCCCUCCAUGGACAACUCAGCCACACUCACCCCCGAUCCCAGCGCCGGGACAAAACGCAAGCGGCCCGUCAAGCAGCUCCGCGCAAAACCGCUGCAGGCGGCAUUGUCGUCGCUGCUGGCCGCGUUUAAGAAACGCGACCCGUACCUUUUUUUUCACAACCCCGUGAACCCCGACGAAGUUCCCGGGUACCGCGACGUGAUCCAAUUUCCCAUGGAUCUCGGGACCAUGGAAAAGCGACUCGCGUCGCGGCACUACACCAACAUGGCCUUGUUCCAGGCUGAUUUUCUGCUCGUCACGCAAAAUGCGCAGGUAUUCAAUCCUUCAUCGUCCAUAUACCACACUGCGGCGCGCCGCUUGGAGACAUGGGGCCUGCGUGCGAUUGAACGCGAAGGGCUGAGCGUCGUCGAAGACGAUACCUUUGUAUCGGACGACGCACACGACACUCCUCCGCCGCGUUCUGCACGCGGCUGGCGCAGACGCAUGGGGCACCGCCGCGAGACCUCGCUUGGCGCCGGCACGGACUACGAGGAAACAGACACGCACGAAGGGCGCCACGCGGUCCGGAUCGGCAGCGCGCGCAGUACGCGUUGGUCGCCUACGCCGCCACAAGGUGUGCCCAACACGCCCGAGAUGAAUUUGUUCCGCAAAACGCUUGCAUUUGCGGGCGUUUCGCGCAAUGCACUCACCGGGAAGAGCGCGUGCUCCGCGCGGAUGCACGCCAAGCCGAAGGCGCGCCUCGGCCCACUUCCUAGCUUCCUUGCAGAGCAAUGCGCCGCGACAAAUGGGGGCGAGCCCGGUGAUGCCGAUGCGGAAAUGCCAUGGCGCGCGUAUGCGUACCUGGACGACGGGUCCCUGGACCCUGCCGCGUUAGGCAACCUUCCCGAGUUUUUAAUUCAGCGAAUGGGUUCUGCACCGCUUCUGCUCCCUGUGCUUGAAUCGUUGCGGCACUUGCCCAUGUACCUUGCCACUACCACGACAAGCACUGGCAACGAAGCCACGUUUGUAUUCCCAAAUGCACAGUCCGGGCAUCCCGAUGCGCUCUUUGACGCUACGCUUUCAGCGCCAAGCGCACCAGCCACGGACUGGAGCCAUUCAUUUCGCGAUACGAGCGUGCCCGAGCACGAUCGGGAAAUGCCGUUUGCCAUCGCUGCUGCGCCUGGCCCCAGUGGCCUGGGAGCCACCGCCAACGAUUCUGCAGCGCAGACGACGACGAAAAAUGGAGGGAUUCCUGUAUGGCCUAUUCCAGCGCCGCCGCCGAUCCAGGAUCCGUUGCAAGUGGGGCUGCGCUUGAAUCGGCGCGAGCGCGAGCUGGAGCAGGAGCGCGACGAGCAGAACUGGACAUUUUUCCGGCCGCACCUGCAGCGCAUGAUUAUGCCUUCGGACUUGGCCAUGUACGGCGAUAUGCCUGCAUGGGCUGCUACCGGCGGCGAUCCCAGCAUGCUGCGUUCGUACGGGUGGUUUGUCGGCCCAUUGCUCACGCGUGCUGUGCGCGAAUACUUGCGUGCGAUGCCAUAUCGCGUGCUUGGACUGCCGCGCACAGCGCAGUACGUUCCGCGCUCUUCGCUUCGUCAGCUGCCGCCUGCUCUGCAAAUCGCCAUGCAAGGCGCGCAAGAAGCGGAGCGGCUUGUGGAUGUUGUCUACGGCAGUGUCGAUGGGCUUGCCUACGUACGCAGCCUUGCUGAGUUUGUCGACGGCGCGCAAGCGAGCGUAGAGGAAGAGGUGGCCGUGAAGAUGGAGGAGACGGGCACGUUGCCCAUUGCGCACGACGAUUUGGCCGCACCUAGCACGCUGCCAGGCACGCUGCAAGAGUAUGUUUUUGCACAAAAAGCAAACCUGCUUACGGGCCAAAUGCUGGGCCUGCUGGUGGAUGCAGGAAAGCACUUAUCGGCUCUUUCCGUACCGAGCGGUGACGCGGCGUUGCCAGAUACACUCGUGUCGCUGCUCGACGACCCGCAAGGCGCAACGGCUCAUUCGCUCUGGCAAACUCUCUAUCCGGGCGCGACAUCUGCGCCGCCACUCUCCGCUAUACUCUCGGCGCUGGUAGAUACGGAAAGGUGUGACCGCACGUAG